AUGAUUGAACGUCACAAUUACAUUGGAUCGGAGCACUUGCUGCUAGGAUUGCUUCGUGAGGGUGAAGGUGUGGCAGCUCGUGUCCUUGAGAAUUUAGGUGCUGAUCCUAGUAAUAUACGAACUCAGGUUAUUAGAAUGGUCGGUGAGAGUGCAGAGGCUGUUGGUGCUGGUGUUGGAGGUGGAACCUCGGGCAACAAAAUGCCCACUCUUGAGGAGUAUGGAACCAAUUUGACCAAGCUAGCUGAGGAGGGAAAACUAGACCCUGUUGUUGGAAGACAGGAGCAAAUUGAGCGUGUAACUCAAAUCUUAGGACGUCGCACAAAAAAUAAUCCUUGCCUGAUUGGAGAACCUGGUGUUGGUAAAACCGCUAUUGCGGAGGGCCUUGCUCAAAGAAUAGCCAAUGGAGAUGUUCCAGAAACUAUUGAGGGGAAAAAGGUUAUAACCCUGGAUAUGGGUCUCCUUGUUGCCGGUACUAAGUACCGAGGUGAAUUUGAGGAAAGAUUGAAGAAGUUAAUGGAGGAGAUUAAGCAAAGUGAUGAAAUAAUCCUAUUCAUUGAUGAGGUGCACACAUUGAUUGGAGCAGGAGCUGCUGAAGGUGCAAUUGAUGCUGCUAACAUCUUGAAGCCUGCCUUAGCUAGGGGUGAGCUACAGUGUAUUGGGGCCACCACACUUGAUGAAUACCGAAAGCACAUCGAGAAGGAUCCUGCUCUAGAAAGAAGAUUCCAACCUGUGAAGGUCCCUGAACCCUCGGUAGACGAAACCAUUCAGAUUCUUAGAGGUCUUAGGGAACGCUAUGAAAUACACCACAAGCUUCGCUACACUGAUGAAUCUUUAGAUGCUGCAGCUCAUUUGUCUCAUCAAUACAUCAGUGACCGAUUUUUGCCUGACAAGGCAAUUGACUUGGUUGAUGAAGCUGGUUCCCGUGUCCGACUUCGUCAUGCACAGCUCCCUGAGGAGGCAAGGGAGCUUGAAAAGGAGCUCAGGCAGAUAACAAAGGAGAAGAACGAAGCUGUCCGUGGUCAAGACUUUGAAAAAGCGGGCGAGCUGCGUGACCGUGAGAUGGACCUGAAGACACAGAUCUCCGCCCUGAUCGACAAAAACAAGGAGCUAACCAAGGCAGAGGCCGAAUCAGGUGAUGGAGGCCCCACGGUAACCGAAGCCGACAUCCAGCACAUCGUCUCCUCGUGGACCGGAAUCCCGGUCGAGAAGGUCUCGAGCGAUGAGUCCGACCGCCUCCUCAAGAUGGAGACGACCCUCCACGGCCGCAUCAUCGGCCAGGACGAGGCUGUGGAGGCCAUCUCCCGCGCCAUCCGCCGAGCCCGCGUGGGCCUCAAGAACCCCAACCGCCCCAUCGCCUCCUUCAUCUUUUCCGGCCCCACCGGAGUCGGCAAAUCCGAGCUUGCCAAGACCCUGGCCGCCUAUUACUUUGGGUCCGAGGAUGCCAUGGUCCGGCUCGACAUGUCCGAGUACAUGGAGCGCCACACGGUCUCGAAGCUCAUCGGCUCUCCGCCCGGGUAUGUCGGCUACACGGAGGGUGGCCAGCUCACCGAGGCUGUACGCCGCCGGCCUUACACUGUCAUCCUUUUCGAUGAGAUCGAGAAAGCCCACCCGGAUGUGUUCAAUCUGAUGCUCCAGAUUCUGGAGGACGGGCGUUUGACAGACAGCAAGGGCCGAACAGUUGACUUCAAGAACACGCUUCUGAUCAUGACAUCCAAUAUCGGGAGUAGUGUGAUCCUAAACCAGGAAACGAAGCCAAGGCGAAGGUUUGGGUUCCAACUCGAUUAUGAUGAGGAGGACAAGGAGGAGGAGGAGGAUCGGAGUUACAGUAAUAUUAAGAGAUUGGUGAUCGAUAAGCUGAAGGACUACUUCCGACCCGAGUUUUUGAACAGGUUGGACGAGCUGAUUGUGUUCAGGCAGCUGACCAAGGAGGAGGUGAAGCAGAUUGCGGACAUUAUGCUGAAGGAGGUUUUCGAGAGGUUGAGGAAGAAGGAGAUUGAACUGCGGGUGACGGAGAAGUUUACGGAUCUGGUGGUGGAUGAAGGGUUCAGUCGGAGCUAUGGGGCGAGGCCGCUGAGGAGGGCCAUCAUGAGGUUGCUGGAGGAUAGCAUGGCUGAGAAGAUGCUUUCGAGGGAAAUUAAGGAGGGGGACUCGGUUAUUGUGGAUGUGGACGCCAAAAAGAAAGUGGUUGUGCUGAAUGGUGCCAGCGGGACACCACUCGACCCGCCCCCCGAGCCGUCACCCGAGCAGCCGUCGCCCGAGCCGUCCCCAGAGCCAGUGGCUGCCUAG